AUGGCAUACCAAGACGGUCACCUCGGCGGCGACGACCCCAAUAUUGUCAAGUUCUACGAGUCCCGUCGUGCUGAGUCUUGCUGCCACUACCUCCUCCCCCAUCUCAAACCCAGCUACUCUAUUCUUGAUGUUGGCUGCGGUCCUGGUGGUAUCACUUCGGAUCUGGCAGGACUCGUUCCUCAUGGCAAAGUUCUCGGUAUUGACCUAUCUCCGGAAAUCGUUGCGCAGGCCGCAAUGAAAUACCAAGCCCCGAAUCUAUCCUUUGAAGCGGGUGACGCGGAGAUCUUGGAUGAGAAAUUCCCCGAGGCCAGCUUUGAUGUUGUCCACGCGCAUAUGUCCCUUCUACAUUUCAAAGAUCCUGUCAAAGCUCUGAAAGCGUGGUACCGUAUUUGCAAGCCAGGUGGUAUCAUCGCGUGUCGCAACGGGAAGAACUUCGAUAUCAUCUCGCUCAAGCCGGAUUUGCCUGUGAUCAGAAAGACCUGGCCGCUGAACGAAGACUGGAUGAAGUGGAGGGGUUCCGAUCCAGAGGCAGGGCUGCACAAGGAGGAAUGGGCUCGUGAGGCAGGUUGGUUGGACGAACAGAGGGGUGGAAAGCUAGUCAUGAGUGAAAGUCGACAGGUACACCCUAUCCCUAUGGGUGCUAUCACAGGCCCAUUCCUCGAUGUUCUUAUCAAGGAGGGCCGAACGAGCGCGGAGGAGAUGGUUAGGUUGGAUCAAGCAUGGAAGGAGUGGGAGGCCACUGAGGGGCAUGAGUUUGUCACGCUGGCUUCUGAGAUGUUAUAUUUCAAGACAAAGUAG